AUGGUUCGAUUUAAAUCUCGUUAUAUUGUAUUUCAAAUUUUUCAAGAAAACCAACUUAUAUCUACUCUUUUUAACACAAACUGGACUGAACACAAGCCUUUUAUUCCAAUUAAAUUGUCAGACAAAUUAACAACCUUAACAUCUCAUAAUUUAUUAAAUUUAAUUAAAGAACAUGUUUAUCUUAAUUUUGGUGAUUGGGGACAAGGGCUGAUUGCAGCAAGUUUGAAUAUCAAAUAUUAUUCUCCAGCAACACAUACAGGCAUUAUUCGUGUAUCACGGCAACAUUAUAGACUUGUAUGGGCAGUACUAACAUUUAUAAAAACAAUUCAAGACCAGCCAAUAUUAAUACGUGUUUUAAGAAUAAAUGGAACAAUAAAAAAAGCGAAGAUGUUUUUGAUUCAACGUAAUCAAGAUUUGUUAAUUAAAGAAAAGUUUAGAAAAAAUAUUUAAUAUAUUAUACAAAAUACAAAUUAUAGCAAUUUCUCAGCAGAAACAUACUUGAGGGCUUAUUGAUAGAAAAGAAGUUGAAUAAAAGUUAGAUAAUUUAUAUUUAAAUUUUAAUAUAUUUUAUAAUUUACGACACGCCAUUUAUCCGACUGGCUCUCCGUCUUCCCCAGUUACGAGGUUGAUGCCUAAAUAAAAAAGUUAAACAUAUCUUUAAACAAUGAUCCUACUUAAGAAAAGCACCGACAGCACCUAAAUAUCCUUCAUGUCUUAAAAAAUAAGCUUUUUUUGUUCCUCCUGACCAAAAACGUAUAGCAUAUGAGAGCGUAUGCAUAGUAAGAGGAUGUCCUAAGAUAUAAGUAUUUAAAAAGCCAUAUUGAUGAAAGAGACCUCUUAUGUAUGUUCCUCCAAAAUAAAUUGUUUCAAGUUCAUGAAUCCGAGCCUGCAAAUAUGCUAUUUGUCCAAUGUUAUUACUAAUAGCGUAUAAUAAGCUUUUAGCAAUAUCUUCUGAACGAAAACAUGACUGAAAAUCUUGGAUCGUAUCGUAUUUUUUAGUUAGUUUUUUUUGAAACACUUUACCGAAUGUGCUUGCAAUAGUUGUUGACUUUAAAGACAUUUUUUCAUAAUUUGUGCCAUAAAUAUCACCAACCAGCAUGUCUACAACAGUAUUGUCUCCUGAUUUAGACAUCUCUAACAUUUCUAAUAUCUUAGAAAUUAGAUCUUAAUCUUUAAACACAGACCAUCAAAUGUUUUUGCAUUUGUUAAUAUAGACAUCAAGCCCCAUAAGGUUCCA